AUGAAUCAUAAUGGCCGCUAUGGCCCCUGGCUUGCAGAGGCUCCCGGUGCGCUCACCUCCGGCGUGGCCCUGCGGCUCUUCUGCGUGCCGCCGGUGGGCAUGGGUGGCGCUGCCUUCCACCCCUGGGUGAAGCACUUGCCGCGCUCCGUGGAGCUCUUGUCUGUGGAGUUGCCGGGCCGGGGCUUCCGCCUGUCCGAAGCGAUGACGGCCAAGUCGCUGCCGCAACUGGCGCGUGAUGUGCUGGAUGGCAUCGGCCGCGAGACCUUCGUCGACCUGCCCUUUGUGCUCUUUGGACAUUCCUUUGGCGCAUGGCUGGCCUAUGAGAUGCUGCAGGAGCUGCUGCGCCGCGCAUGGCCUCGGCCGCUGAAGCUCUACGUCUCGGCGAACCGCGCCGUGAGCCUGAGCGGGUCGGAGCACGAUCCGGACCAGGUCCAGCCUGAGUUGGCCCAGCUGGGCGCUGAUCGCUUCUGGCAACACUUCGAGCGACGCUACGGCAUCAACCCUGAUUUGCAGCAUUCCUAUGUGCGGGACCACGUGCGGGGCAUCUUGCAGAAUGAUUUCACUCUUCUGGAAAAUUACAUUCCCAGCACACUGGAACAGCUGCCUGUGCCCCUGUGUGCCCUUUGCGCCAAAGGAGAUGCGCGUUGCCGUCCCGAGCAACUCACGGCCUGGAAUCAAGUGGCGGGCGACAGCUUCCAAGAACGCUGGUUCCAGGAUGUGAUGAAACCUGAGUUCUGGGCGACGGAACAUCGCUAUGUCUUUGACAAUCCCUCCUCGCUGCUGUGCUUCCUCUCCAACGACUUGCCCUUGGUCUGCGAGGAGGUCCCCGGCGACACCGGCCUUCCGGGGCCCCUGGUGACGGAGCCGGAGCUGCAGGAGCUGAGGCCUCCGUGCCAGCUGCUGUAA